CUUGGCUCUCUCUCUCUGUUUGACAUCUCUCAAUCCCAAUUCCCCAUUCUGAGUUUCACCAUCACCCUAACCCGCCUAGAGCCCUAGACGCAACACACCCGCUGGCUGCCGGCAGCCGUGCGCUGCGCGCAAGGUGCAGACAGCACUCGGCACUCGGCAGCUCGGAGUCGGCACUUGGGCCUCGGUAGACGGCAUGCGGUAGAUGGAAGCUCGCCAGCUUGGGGCUCGACGCGCGUUGCGCGCGGUUGCACUACUGCAGGCAGCAGACCUGCAGCCUGCAGCACACUAGGUCACCAGGCGCCAGCACCAUGCAAGCGCGCCGCGCGUAGCACCUAGGUGGCAGGCAGCCAGGCUUGCAAGGGCGCAAGGCUGCAGCCUGCAAUGGAGUCAGUCGUCGGCGUCGGGGCUCGAGGCUUAGGCUGCAUGCGACCGCAGCACCACGCAUGCAGGCUGCAAGCCAGCAGGCGCAGCUGCACAGCCGCAGGCCAGCACCGCGCAAGCACAGGCCGGCAAGCACACUGGCACAGGCACAGCGGCAACACUGCUAAGUGCUAACUGGUGAGUGGUGAGGACAAUCCAAAAUUCCAAAUCCACAAUUUCUAAUUUUCUUGCACAAUUGAUAUAGGAAUCUAGUUUUGAGGUGUGUAAUUGUGUAUGUUUUUAAUGUAUAUCUUAGAGCUUUGAAAAAUGAAGAAGGAAUUAGUUGAUUUGAAAUCUGUAUGGGAAAGAGUUGCAAAGACACAUAAGGUAGAGUCCAUAUUGACAUCACAACUGAUUACCAUUGAGAGUCAAGCUCAGAAUCAAAGUAUGCUGCCACAGCUGAUUACCAUUAAGAGUCAAACUCAGAAUCAAAGUACCCCUUCCGUUGAGCCUGACAUAAGAACCAAUGACGCUCUGGUAGCAAGGGAAGUGGUUGAACCAAUAGAACCCGAGAUAGCAAGCAAUGAACCUGAGACAGAACAUUCCCCUUUGUCCCCUAUCAGAGAUGGUGAUGAAUCAGAGUAUGAAUCAAGUGAUGAAGCUAUUUAUGAUAUUGACUUUCUUUUUCAUGAUCCUGGAAAGAGGAUUCCCAUCAAAGGCUAUGUUGUCAAUGAACGAAAUUCUAUGAUAAGGGAAUAUAUUGCAUUGGGGCCAUAUCAACCACGGGGUCAUGAUUUUCCUAUAAGGAAUAUUGGAGAAGAGGGAUCAAGAUAUUGUUAAUGCAGUAGAUCUCAUUUUCUUGACAAAGAUUCAAUUGCAACAAUUGCGGGAGGAUCCUGGAUGGGAUGAUUUUCUUGAAGAUGUCAAUUCUUUUUGUGUUAAGCAUGGAAUCAAAAUUGCUAAUAUGGAUAGUUUCUACAAACCGGUUGGAAGAGAUAGGAGAUUCUUUACAAAAGUCAAAAAUUUACAUCGUUUCCAUGUUGACAUGUUCUUAAGUGUCAUUGAUAGGCAACUUCGAGAGCUUAAUGAGAGAUUUGAUGAGGUAAACACAUAUUUGCUUCUUUGCAUGGCAUCAUUCAAUCCUGCUGAUUCAUUUGUUGCUUAUGAUAAAGCCAAAUUGGUUAAGCUUGCUCAAUUUUAUCCUAAUGAUUUCUCAAGCUCGGAGUUGAAUUAUCUUCCUUUUCAAUUUCAACUCUUUGUUACUGAUAUGCGUAGAGAUGAAAGUUUUAGAAAAGAGAAGAAUCUUGCUGACCUUUCUAUUAUGCUUGUUGAAACAAAGAAGCACAUCAAAUAUGAUGUUAUGUACAAGCUUUUUAAAUUGGUGCUAAUACUUUCCGUAUCUACGGCUAGUAUUGAGAGAGUAUUUUCCUCAAUAAAUUAUGUGAAGAACAAGUUGAGAAAUAGGAUGGGGAUCAAUACUUGAAUGAUUGUUUGGUC